UACUAAAAACGUCAUAUACUACUAGAAACCCAAAAAUACAUCUAUUCUAGGCCCUGCUUUUCAGAAACAUGUUAAAAGUUAUCUUUCUUAUAAUAUUCGUUUUGAACCCAUUGCCCACGGACUGUGGACCGAGUGGUAAGGAUACGGUGUGUCUCGACUGUCGGAAGUACAAGAAGGAAAAGUGCCGAAUUUCGAAAACCGGCUACCAGUGCCAAGUUUCGGGGAGCCUUCGUGGGGGGUAUUUAGCUACGAUAUUGACUCCUCCCGUAACCAGCGACAUGAGUGUUUGCAUUCCAGAAGGCAUGGACAUACCAGCUGAGCAUAUAGACCAAUGCUGCGUUUGGUCACCUAAACUUGGAUGCCAAAUGCUAAAAUCCAUUAUAAUUAUGGAUCAUCACUGCCUACGAUUUCUAAAUUACAUUUAAUAUCGCAGAUAAUAAGCAGUAUUUUUUGGUUAACCCAUUAAGAUCCUCGAUUCCAAAUUUAUUUGUUAAUUUAAUUAAACCAUUUUAUAUGCAUUU